AUGGAGCAGGAUCCAGAGAGCACCCAAUUUACCCAGACCCAGCGAGUUACAGUUUUGAGACAGGUGGUUCAGGUGAUUGGGAAGUGUUGCAGAUUAUCUCCUGCUGCAUACUACGCCCAGAGGAUGAUCCAGUAUCUCUCACGGAGAGACAGUAUCCGCCAGCGCUCUAUGCGCUACCAACAGAACCGUCUCCGUUCUUCCACCUCCUCCUCUUCCUCAGACAACCAGGGCCCAUCAGUAGAGGGAACCGACUUGGAAUUUGAGGACUUUGAGGACAAUGGUGACAGAUCCAGGCACCGAGCUCCACGCAAUGCCCGGAUGUCUGCACCUUCACUUGGACGCUUUGUCCCGAGGCGUUUUUUGCUGCCUGAGUACUUGCCUUAUGCUGGGAUUUUUCAUGAACGUGGACAGCCUGGUUUGGCUACUCACUCUUCUGUUAACAGGGUCUUGGCAG